AUGUCGGGAAAAGAUCCCUGUAAACCAUUCGCUUGUAGAAUCCAAGUUUGUUUAAGAGAGAACAACUUCCAGGAAUCCAAAUGCACGAGCGUCAUUAAUGAUAUGAAAGAGUGCUGUAGAAAGUGGAAGAACCUCAGUUACGUGUGUCAAGGAAUGAACUUGGAUACUGAAACAGACGAUCAAAAUGAACGACAGAGAAAAUAA